CUUCCUUUACUUUCGAGAAACCGCGUUUCCGCUUCUGGCCAAAGAGACUUUGAAGGCGAGAAGAUCAAGGUGCCGGGAAGGGACCGUGUUGCCCGCACCCUCCGCCCCCCACCACCGCCCCCCUACUUUCUGCGCCUUCUUCCCAAGGACUUUUUCCUUGCUUCUUCCCGGCUCUCUCCUUCCAGACGUCUGUUCUUUCCCCGACUUGGCCGGGCGGAGGCUCCGCCGCUGGGAGAUGCUCUAAGUGGCGCCGGGAGAGCCCGAGAGGCCGCGGGCGCCCCGCUCCCGGACGCCGGCUGGAGCAGGGCACGGUGGGAAGAUGGGCUCCCGUGGACUGGGACUCAUGCUGGCAUGCUGCCUGCUGCUCGCCUUCGCCUGUGGCCCGGUGCUGGGCCGUGUGCCACGUGGCCAGCAGGAACAGCAGGAGCAGGAGGGGACAAGGGAGCCGCUAGUGGACCAUGCUGAGAGGGCUGAAGAAAAACAGGAAAAAUACAGUCCCAGGCAGGGCGAAGAGCCCACUGCCUCCCGGUGCUUUCGCUGCUGUGACCCUGGUGCCCCUGUGUACCAGGCCAUCCCGGUGCCGCAGAUCAACAUCACCAUCCUGAAAGGUGAGAAGGGCGACCGAGGGGAUCGAGGCCUGCAAGGGAAAUACGGCAAACCAGGCUCUGUGGGUGCUAGGGGCCACGUGGGACCCAAAGGGCAGAAGGGUUCCAUGGGGGCCCCCGGGGACCGGUGCAAGAACCACUAUGCUGCCUUCUCCGUGGGCCGGAAGAAGCCCCUGCACAGCAAUGACUACUACCAGACGGUGAUCUUCGACACGGAGUUCGUGAACCUCUACGGCCACUUCAACAUGUUCACCGGCAAGUUCUACUGCUAUGUGCCUGGCAUCUACUUUUUCAGCCUCAAUGUGCACACCUGGAACCAGAAGGAGACGUACCUACACAUCAUGAAGAACGCAGAGGAGGUGGUGAUCCUGUAUGCCCAGGUGAGCGACCGCAGCAUCAUGCAGAAUCAGAGCCUGAUGCUGGAGCUGCAGGAGCAGGACGAGGUGUGGGUGCGCCUCUUCAAGGGCGAGCGGGAGAACGCCAUCUUCAGCGAUGAGUUUGACACCUACAUCACCUUCAGCGGCUACCUGGUCAAGCAUGCGGCUGAGCCCUAGCCACCUGCUGCAGCGCCAGAGGCUAACCUCCCGUUUCCCCCCACCCCCUGCUCCCUGGACCCCCCUCGGUCCAGCACCAGGCUGACUCCGUCAGCCCUUCCCCUAGUCCUGAUUCCCCUGGUCCCCACUUCCCCAGCUUUGGCAUUCAACACGACGCCCUUCAUGGGAACGGGAGGCAGAAAAAGCUGUGUGGUCCCAGGCCUUACUGGCUCUGGAGAUGAAAUCCCCCGGCGGGCACCUGCGAGAAUGGCCGGGACCUCCAGCUCCCUUCUGUGUACGUAUCCUUAAGUGACCCCUGCACACACGGCCGCCACAGUGCGGCAGGGUGUCCCAGACUAAGUCAUCUUUGCUCCCAUUGCUGGAAAUAAUUAAGCAAAUUCUAAAGGUUGUGGAAGGAGCAAAGUAAACUGUGGAGGAAAGGAAGGUGUUGUUAUUUUUGCCUUUCCACCAGCCGUGCUGGCUCCCAGGGAGGGCUGUUUUUGCUUAAGGUUGCGUGAGGUUCCUUUUAAGAGAAGAUCUAAUGUGGACACCAUGGCGACGGGGGAAGGGGAUCGGGGGUAUGGGGACCCCGGAAACCACAUCUGGCUUAAUUCUCUUAAGCCACGUAUAAACCUUCCUGGGGGACAGCUGGACUGAUGUCCACAUCCUAUGGACAGCCUUAUGGCUUUGCCUGAGGGUUCAGCUGGUCUUUCUGAGCCACAAGAGUGAGGGGGUUCGGGCUGGGGAAGCAAAUGGCAGCUCACCAGAGGGACAGCUAAGCCCUGGGUCUUGGUCUCUGGGCUGGGAGAAGCAGUCUGCUUGCUGGAACCCAUGGGCUCCUGACAGCACCUGGGGACCUCAGGGGCCUGCAGACGUUUCUAUGAGGUGCAAAGCUCGGUACAACCAAGGCAGAGCCAUACAUCCUGUAUGGCUCUGCUCUAUUUCCCUACACCACCCUCGAGCCCUGGGCAGGGCCUCCCUGCCUGUCCAUCUGGCAUUGGCCUCUCAGACGGGUCAGCCGUGGAAGGUGCUGGGGCCUUUGGUUUUGUAUCAGGUGUCAUGGUCACAUAACGUUUUCUAUAAAACCUCCUCUCACACCAUCUCAGAGUCCUAUUUCCCAUAGGGUUCAGCCUUCAGCACCUUCCAGCGCCCUCCCUCAGACCUCUUUGACCAGCAGCUUAAGCCCAUGUGGGAGGGGCUCUCUCUGGGCCCCAAAGUAGGGGAGAGCCGGAAGGGGCUAGAAAUUUCCCCUCUGUCUGUCUCUGGAGCUCCCUUGGGACUAAGUCCCUGAGGCCGGGAGAGAAGACAUGUCCCCAUCCCUGGGGUCAGAACCCUCUCUCCUGAGUAGGCUGCUGCCUGGAAUUGGUGCUCUGGCCUGUGGCUGGCUUUGCUGGGCAGGCCUUCCCCGCCUCACUCUACAGUAAUGCCCAGACCCAGGGUCCCUCUUACUCCCUGCUUGGGCUCCUAAUCCCCUACGGGAGCCUUCCUUCCCACCACCUGGUGACCCUUGGUCUUGACCGAUCCCUCUGCCCUCCUUGGGCCUGGCCAUGCAGUCCAGGGUCCGUACAUCCCUCCCUCUGAAGGACUUCUGCUGGUCAGACUUUAAAACUGUGUUUCCAUGGGCCUGCUGGUGGGCAGGGCCCCCACCUGCUGCUUUGUGCUGUCCCAGUGCUCUUUCAGAAAACAUUAAACUCGGAAUUGUGUGUU